GCAAGUUACAAUGAAGCAAUGGCGGAUGAUACUGAUUUUAGUAUCUUCCGUAAUAGCUGUGUUAUUUAUCCUUCAAAUAAGUAAAUUGAUGAUAAAUAAAAGUUCAGAUGUUGGUGAAAACGUGAACUCGUCUAGACCGAAACCAGUUAGAAUUUUGUCUUCAAGACGAGUUUCUGGUCGUGAAUCGUCAAUUCCUUCUCCCACGACGAAGAAAUUAAGUCGAAAAUUACAGUAUGCAUUUCGUAGGAAUAAUUCAAGUAAACGUUUAAUUACCAUUCAAAAAGGUUCAAAAWUAAAAAAUCAUAAGCACUUUUGCUGGGAGAAUGAAGAAUUUCACGUUGUUGGUGGCUGUAUACGGUGUAGCUCAUACGAAAAGAGAGUGAGCACAUCAUGUCAAGAGACUGGUAAUAAACAACUUGUGUUGUGCGUUACUAGUAAUGAAAAGGCCUAUAAAAGUUGUCCUCGAGUGCGGUGGAUAGAAGAGAGAAAUUUCUGGAGUUUUGAGGGAACCAUGUUUGUAUUACUUAUCAUUUCUAGUAUCUCCGUAUGGCAGAGAAAUAARAAGUUGGAGUCUGUUUAUCAAGAGAAACUAAGAAAGAAAGUGUCAAAUGAUAAUUCAUGAUAAAUUUUGUAAAAUCAGUCAAUUGUAUUUUCAAAUGGAGGUGUUGCAUUGUGCAUCAGGUGUGAGAAGUUUUGAGAAAGACUGUUAUUAUAAUUACCUGAUGUUUCUAUAUCYUUGAUGGAAGUCAUAUUUAUAUUGUGGAAGCACCCUCACACUAAAUUUUAUAGAAUAUAUAUACAAUAUGUUAAGAAGAGGCCAAUGGACAGAUAUCAAAGAGUUUUUUGAUGUUUUACCAAGCAGUAUUUUAAG